UUCUGUUGCCGAGGCAACACUUCCGCUACGGGGAAGGUGACGCACGUGACUUCCGGCGGGCCGGGCCGUCCCGGUCAUGGCGGCGGCGGCGGCGGCGGCGGCGAAGGAGGAGAAGGACAAGGACAAGGACGAGGACAACGACGUGGAUGCGGCGGCGACCGAGGGCCGGGUGCGGGCUUGGGCGGCGGCGCAGGCGGCCCGCGGGCGGCGCGUGGCGCUGGUGACGUCGGGCGGGACGCAGGUGCCGCUGGAGGCGCGCGCCGUGCGCUUCCUGGAGAACUUCAGCAGCGGCCGGCGCGGGGCCGCCUCGGCCGAGCGGCUCGUGCGGGCGGGCUACGGCGUGUGCUUCCUGCACCGCGCCCGCUCCGCCUUCCCCUGGGCCCGCGCCCUGCCGCCGCACGGGCCCGCGCUGCUCGACGCGCUCCGCCUCACCCCGGGGCCGCCGCCCGGCGUGGCCGCCGCCCCCGCCGCGCUGCCCGCGCUGCUGCCCGCGCUCCGCGAGUACCAACGCGCCACCGAGGCGGGCGCGCUGCUCGCCAUCGAGUUCACCGGGCUCGUGGAGUACCUGGCGCUGCUGCGCGCCGCCGCCCGAGCCCUGGCGCCCCUCGGCUCCAGUGUCAUGUUCUACCUGGCGGCCGCCGUGUCGGAUUUCUACAUCCCGGUCUCCGAGAUGCCGGAGCACAAGAUCCAGUCCUCGGAGGGGCCCUUGCAGAUCACAAUGAAGAUGGUGCCAAAAAUGCUGUCACCCCUGGUCAGAGAGUGGGCCCCUGAGGCCUUUGUGAUUUCCUUCAAACUGGAGACAGAUCCCCAGAUCCUCCUGGAUAAAUCUCGGCAGGCUCUGGAGAAAUACCGGCACCAGGUGGUGGUGGCCAACGUGCUGGAAUCCCGGAGAACCUCCGUCAUCAUCGUCACCAGGGACUCGCAGACUCCCUUAUCCCUGUCCGACGAGGAAAUCGCACGAGGCGUGGAAAUAGAGGAGAAGAUUGUGAGUUACCUCCAGGGCCAGCACACGGCCUUUAUAGAGAGAAAAGGCUGAGGGGCAGCUCGGAGGAAGAAAGGGAAUGGUGCUGCAGAGGGAGUGGGACUGGAGCAAUCCCCACGGAGCGCUCAGCGCGGCCGUCCAGCGCUCCGUCACCUCUGUGCAGCUCGGCCGCGGCUGCUGCGGCUUCGUCAAAGAGAAACACACAAAGGGAAACCAUCCCAGAAACACACAAAGGGAAACCAUCCCAGAGGAUCUUUGUCCUGGUGUCCAAAGGAGGAAGGAAGCUUGUUUCUGUCCCGUGGGCUGGGAGAACUGGGAGGACGAGAAAUGGUGAAGGUCUCUGUAUAUAAAGAAUUUCUUGAAUCUC